ACCGCGGUAAAUUGACUUUAUUAAAGCACGUGUUUAGGUAAGUUUGGCGGACACGUGGAAGAGCUCAUUGUGUCUGAUGGGGGGGGGGGGGGAGGAGCCACCCCGCAGCAGCUCAGCUGUGGUACGCUCCGCGCUGGAUGCGUUUGGCUCCACUGACCGGCGGAUCAUCCUCCUCAUCCUCAGAACCACGCAGAGACCCCGGAUCUUCCCUCUGGUCCCCCCCCUCCCUCCCUCCACGCAGCGAGCCGCAGCCUGCAGCCUGUCCGUCCUGAUGAAGCAGAGUCUGGGCGAGCUGAUGAGGAUGAGCAGGAUAUGCCGGAUGCUUUUUGCCACUUGUUUGGGAUCCUUUAUUCUGGUCAUCUUCUAUUUCCAAAGUAUGUUCCAACCAGUCAUGCAGAAGAACCCGUUUGUGGUGGACGGCUGCUGCAGGAAAGGGUCCCGUAAUUCUCUGCAGGAUCUCUACAGCCCCUCACAGUUGGACCCAUCGGCCCUCCACCAGGCCAGGAGAGACCAGGUGAUGGAUGCUUGCAGGGUUAACAGUGCUUCCAGUCGUAAGCGGAGGGUCCUGACACCCGGAGACCUCAGAAACCUCGUGGUGGACGACGACCAUGAGCUCAUCUACUGCUACGUCCCCAAGGUGGCCUGCACCAACUGGAAACGCGUCAUGAUGGUGCUCACCGGCAGGGGCAAAUACAGUGAUCCCAUGGAAAUCCCCGCUAAUCAGGCCCACGUUCCUUCCAACCUGAAGACGCUGAAUCAGUACAGCAUCGCCGAGAUCAACCAUCGCCUCAAGAACUACUUCAAGUUCCUCUUUGUCCGUGAGCCCUUUGAGAGGCUGGUCUCUGCUUACCGUAACAAGUUCACCCUCAAGUAUAAUUCCUCCUUCCAUAAGCGCUUCGGCACCCGGAUCAUCAGACGCUACCGUAAGAACGCCACCCAGGAAGCCUUGGUCAACGGCGACGAUGUCAAAUUCAAGGAAUUUGUUGAUUACCUGGUGGACCCGGCCACACACCGCGGUCGCCCUCUCAACGAGCACUGGCAGACAGUUUACCAGCUUUGUCAUCCGUGUCACAUCCACUAUGACAUGGUGGGCAAGUAUGAGACCCUCGAAGAGGAUGCCAACCACAUAUUGGGGCUGGUGGGUGUUGGCGAGUCCCUGCGCUUCCCAAGCUACGCCAAGUCCACCCGUACCACAGACACCAUGACUGCUCAGUUCUUCAGCAAUAUCAGCGCUCAGCAACAGGUCCAACUCUACCAGCUUUACAAAAUGGACUUCCUCAUGUUCAACUACUCUAUUCCCAGCUACCUGAGGCUGGACUGAAUGACAACAGAGCUGGUACUCUGACAAUGGCUGCCUUGUUUGCAGAAAGCCAACAAAAUGGGUGAAGGGAAAAUUUGUUGGGAAGAGAACUUGAUUUUGAACAAACUGUAAUUGUGCUUUGUUGGUGUUGUCUGCAAACGGAUAUUUAACCAGUCCUGAAGGAUUGGAACGACGCAUGCUUCUGUGGGCGUUUAGCUGAAGGAUGUUCACACCAGGAGCACUGAUUUAACAGGAAUGUGGGUUAAAAGUAACCCAACACCUACAUAAACUGACAUUUCUGGGUGAAGCAGGUCUUCAAGAAGAACUUCUCUUCAGAAGAUGAACUCAAUGGAGGGGAUUCUUCUGAUUAUAUUUACGACAUCCGAGGCUGCGGCGGAUCCUGCAAAGCAAACAGCAGCCUAACACUGACUCGAAUGCAUUGCGAGAGCUAAGCUCAUCCUUUUUUCCCCCCUAAUCUUAGAAACUCCGUCAAAUUGUAAAGCAGUUCUUGUCCUUUGCUGCACAGUCAGCAUGGGGAGUUAAUUCCCCUUACCUACCAUCCAUUACAUCAGAUUCACGUCAGGAGAAAAUUGGCUUAUCACAUUCUCAAGGGUGCCUUAUAAAAUACGGCUCCUUCUUUUACAACCAUGAACUCACCAGCUGUAACUAUAGCCUUCAGUCAUGUGUUUUACCAAAGUCAGUUUUACCACCAGAUCGGGACGUUGGCUAUGCAGAACUCAUUUCCACAAGACUUUGAAGAAUCCGUCAAUUCUCUUCCUGCAGAUUGAUCCGAACGGCCAAACCCCUGAAACAUUUCAAGAAGCUGGAUGUAGAAAAGAACAGGAAGCGUGAAUCUGAUUAGCAUCCUAAAAGAAAUGAGACGAGGUUUCAGAAGAGUGAUAGUCACUGGAUGCCACCAUGCCCCUCGUAGGGGCCCAGUGGACACAAGCAGGAACACACCCAACAGCCGAGCUACCAGUCAAAGAUAUAUUUAAGUAAUCACACCUUUUGCCGUCUUUCUUAUAUUUUGCUUCUGUUGUCUUAUGAAACGUUGCUGCAAGCAGCAGAAAUAAAACCGUAUUUAAUUAA